ACGUAGAGUCCUCUGGAAUCGUGUUUCUCAAACUUUAACUGCAUGUGACUCUCCUGGACAUCUUGUUACAACGCAGGUUCUGUCUGUAGGUCUGGGGUGGGGCCUGAGGAUCUGCAUUUCUAACAAGCUCUCAGGUGAUGUCGAUGCUUCCGGCUACCCUUUGAGUAGCGAGGCUCGAACCUUUCAUCCUGCCCACUGUUGCUUGAGGUUAGAUGAUUCCUUAGCAAUUGUGACACGUGAUUUUCCUGCUUGUCUCCCCUCUGCCGCCUGUCAGUGACUCCUCCUUGCCCGCCACCUGGAGUUGGUGCUCAGAAAGAAGAUGAGGCUGAACAUCUCACUUGUGUUCCUUGUCGCCUGCUCUGGGCUGAGACGCCUGCAAGACUGAAUGCACAGCCAGAGCUCAGGGGACAGAUAGCCUUGCAGAUGGCCCCGCUACCGGGGGCAGAGCUGGUCCAGACGCCUCUGCAGCUCUACCGAUACCUGCUGCGCUGUUGCCGACAGCUGCCCACCAAGGGCAUCCAGGAGCAUUACAGGCACGCUGUCAGGCAGAGUUUCCGGGUUCAUUCAGAUGAAGACAAUCCUGAGAGAAUCCAGCAGAUUAUUAAAAGAGCCAUUGAAGAUGCUGACUGGAUCAUGAACAAAUAUAAAAAGCAAAGCUGAGACUCAAAGAGUGAAGCCGCCCUGAAGACCCUGAAGGUGAGAGGCCUCCCUGGAAGGAACCAGCAGCAGCAGUUCUGGACUCUCAUUGUCCUGCUGGUGGGGAGAGCAGGACACCAGGUGUGGGAGCAGCUGAUUUGCUCCAAUGGCUCUUCUCAGGCUGCUUGUGUCCCCGGUGACCUUCAUGUUUGCUUUUCCGGGCGGUUAUGAUGUGAGAUUUUGGGAGAAUGUGUUUUUUCACUUUUCUCUGAAAGUGAUUCAUUUAUUCUGGACGUCUUUCUUUGAGACCUGAGUGGGCGUCCCCUCAGAUGGCGGCCUGUAAGGGGCACAGGGCAUGGGUGUCAGAACCAGACAGAUCUGGAUUUGAAUCCCAGCUCAGCGGCUUUUCAAGGGCGUUGACUUUGAGCUUGGUUUCCUCUCUUGUGAGAAUUAAAUAAGAUGAAGUCAAAGAGCCUAACGCAGGACAUGGUACAUGAUGGUGUCAGCAGAUGACCCUCUGAGGAAGCCACCCUCCCCGCUCCCUCCUCUGCUCCCACAGGGCUCCGCGUAUCUCUCUCUAGCCCACGGCACCUUGGUUCGUUUGCUUGUGGACUUGUCCUGUCCCUACUCGUCGCCACUGUCCCCUUCCCCCAGGCCCCUGAGCCUUCACAGUUGCACUGCGCCCAGCCGUCUGCCAAGCACCUGUGCUUCCCGCCCAGAGAAGCAGAUGCCCUGGUCUUUGCCUUCAUGGGUCUCUACUGUCACGGAGUCCCGGAGUCCUGAGUGGUGAAAUGCAGCCUGCAUGAAACAAGGAGGAAUGCCAAGCACCUCCAGUAGUGCCCACGUGUUUAGGCUUCUGUGAACCUGCCAUCUGUCUUGACUGUCCCUUCCCUUCUUUGCCACCAUCUCAGAAGGAGGGGAGGAGGGAAGCCAGCUAGCAGUCCUGUGGAUUUUCACGAGCCUGAAAUUGGUGGAGAAAGACAGACCCAGAUCGCAUCCCAAUUCUGCUCAGAUUGUGCUUGGGUAACUUACCUCGCCUCUUUCAGCCUCACUUUCCCCAUCUGUCCAAUGGGGUAAUGGCCGUACCUACCUCGAGAGCUGCGGUGAGGAAUAAUGAGGUCUAAUGCAUGCCAAGUGUCACCCAGAGCCUGGCAUGGGGAGCUGGCUGCAUGGGGAGCUGGCUGCAUGGCCAGCCCGUGGUUACCAGCUACAACUAUUAGGGAGCCCUGCUUUGCAAGUGGGAGAUGGAAGCUCGGAGAGGUUGAGCCUCUUUUCAGGGUCACAAAGCCGCUAAGCCAGGUCUGUUUGAAUCUACCAAACAGCACAGAUUUGGGAGGGAAAGGAGAGCAUCAGGGAAAGAGGGAAGGAAGGAGAACGGGAGGGAGGGAGGGAGGAGGGAUAAGGAAGGAGGAGAGCAGCAGGGAAGGGUCAGGGGGAACUGGCCAGAGCAGGUGGAACAACCAGAGGCCACACUGGGACUUAAAUACCCCUGAGGACUCAGCCGGAGGGAUGAGCUAGCAUGUGUUUAUGUGCUGGCAAUUGCAUGGCUUAAAGUGGCUCAGCUACAUCUAUGUGCAUUCGACUGAUCAGCAGACAGUGAAGUAAAUACAUCACAUUGUGAAA